AUGGCGAGCCGCUCCCUUGAAAAAGGCGUCGCAGCCCAAUCCUCCAUCGAAUCCGAAUUCGCCACUACCAAAGGCCGCCUCUCCACCGUCCAGCUGGAUGUCACCGACGAGAACUCCAUCAGACAAGCCGCUAACUUCGUCGACCAAAAAUUCGGCCACCUCGACGUGCUUGUCAACAACGCUGCCUCUGGUAACUGUGACCCGGACGUCAAAACCCGCUUCCAAGUAUGCAUGGACACGAACGUGGUCGGACCCGCCGUGGUGGCAGCGACGUUUCGCUCGCUCCUCCUUCGAGCUCCGAACGCUCCGUAUUCGAUCUACGUGAGCAGCGGCGGCGGGUCGUUGACGCGGGCCGCUGACACGACCAGGGCAAAGUUGCCGGUGCCGUCGAAUGGGAAUGCAUACUGCGUGAGCAAAGCGGCGCUGAAUAUGGUGAUGUUGCAGGAUUACGUGGAGUCGAUGAGUCAGGGUGCGAAGAUGAAAGUUAUCGCGAUGUGCCCCGGGUUCGUGGUGAGUAAUCUGCGCGGGACGAGCGAGGAGCUGAGGUCAGGAUGGGGCCAGGCGGGAGAUCCGAUGGUUUCGGGAGAGACGAUCUUGAGUAUUAUUCGGGGAGAGAGGGAUGGGGAUUUGGGGAAGUUGGUGCAUAAGGAUGGUGUAUAUCCUUGGUAA